AGGAUGAAUGUGAUUUGGAGAAAUUGUAUUUGUCGUCUGAGGCAAGGGAAGGUGCCACACAGAUGCCAGAGUGGUGUCCACCCGGUGGCCCCUCUGGGGUCAAGGAUUUUAACUGAUCCAGCCAAAGUUUUCGAGCACAACAUGUGGGAUCACAUGCAGUGGUCUAAAGAAGAAGAAGAAUUGGCUAGAAAAAAAGUAGAAGAAAACUCAGCCACACAAGUUGCUCCAGAAGAGCAAGUUAAGUUUGAAAUCGAUGCUAACAAAUACUGGGACACAUUUUACCAGACUCAUAAGAAUAAGUUUUUCAAGAAUCGUAACUGGCUGUUGAGGGAGUUUCCUGAAAUUCUUCCAGCUGAUCAAAAUACUAAAGAGAAAGUGAAAGAAUCAUCCUGGGAUCAAGUCAGAAGCAACUUCGCAAGAAUGCAGAACACAGGAACUCACUGUCCAAAGGGCUGUGUCUCAUCAGACCCUCCGAGCAAAGGAAGGUCUAACUAUUCCAGCGUGGACUUGGAAGAACACAGGAAAGGGCCUGGAAAGACAGAGCACUUUCCCGGUAGCAAUGCCACUUUCCGAAUACUGGAGGUUGGCUGUGGUGCUGGAAAUAGUGUUUUUCCAAUCCUGAACACCUUGCAGAACAUUCCAGGAUCCUUUCUUUAUUGCUGUGAUUUCGCCCCCGAAGCCGUGGAGCUUGUAAAGUCACAUGCGUCCUACAGUGAGGCCUACUGUUGUGCCUUUAUUCAUGAUGUGUGCGAUGACGGCUCAGCCUACCCUUUUCCGGAUGGGAUCCUGGAUGCCAUUCUCCUUGUCUUUGUGCUCUCUUCUAUCCACCCUGACAGGAUGCAAGCUGUGGUCUGCCGACUGUCCAGGUUGCUGAAGCCUGGAGGAAUGCUAUUGUUUCGGGAUCAUGGAAGAUAUGAUAAUGCUCAGCUUCGAUUUAAAAAAGGGCGUUGUUUAUCUGAAAAUUUUUAUGUCCGAGGAGAUGGUACCAGAGCUUAUUUCUUUACAAAAGGGGAAAUCCACCACAUGUUCUGUGAGGCCGGAUUACAAGAAAAGCAAAAUCUGGUUGAUCACCGCUUGCAAGUUAACAGGAAAAAACAAGUGGCAAUGCACCGAGUGUGGGUUCAAGGAAAAUUCCAGAAACCAUUGCCCUGGACUCUGAGGAGCUGAAAUUAGCACUCUCCUUUCUCAUGACUGACGGAGGUGCCAUGUUAAGGUGUGAAACCAGGGUGUGGUGUUGCUCAAAGGCAGCAAGGAGAAGAGCAUCCAUCUGUGGCCAGGCUGCUCAGAUGUCUGCGCUCUUCGGGUUUACAGAAGUGACCUGCACGAUUGUCCCAGCCACCCUCUGUGUUGU